AUGUAUUAUGGAGACUUAGAUACUUUAUUCUUCAAUCUUCAGAAAAAAUAUGGUGGGCUUUACGAAGUAUAUAAUGGUCCAGAGCGUGUAAUCUGGAUAGGUGAUGCAAAACUUAUCAAAAAGAUUCAUAUUCCAUCAACGAAAACAAACUUUCCAUUUCGCUCUAGAAAACCAUGGGUCGAUGAGGUCGGAAUCAAAACAACUGGAAAGGGGAUUUUCUUUAAUCGUAAUUUAGAAUCUUGGAAAUAUAAUAGAAGGAUUUUAUCUCAAACUGUUGCUUUGCCUUCAUUCUUAAGACAAUUUUUUAAAACUACUGAACUUGUUUUCGAAGAGUUUGAUGGGUAUAUCGGUAAUUUACUGAAUGUAAAUAAAAAUGAGGAAUUCGAUUUAUCCAAGUGGAUCGUCCGAAUCUUGUCUGAAUUAUCUUCUCGUUCAACUACUGGUAGACCUGCAUACACUUUAUCUUCUUAUUAUAAUCGUCUUUCGUCAAAGAAUUCAAAAAAAAAUAUUCAAUGGUUGAAUAAUUAUUUAACCGAUCUUAUAGUUAAUAGAAGAAAAGAAAUUGCAAAUAUUCCUAAAGAUCAGGUUUUAAGUCAUGAUAUUUUAACUUUAUUAAUCUGUGCAAACACGGAAAGGGGCCCUCAAUUUAAUAAACCGGGUGAUGAACCUGACGAACCCAUGGGCGAUGAUGAUAUUAAACAAAAUUUGUAUGAUGUUAUUAUUGCUAGCAUUGAUUCGUCUUCCCAUACCAUUUUGAUUGCACUAUAUCACAUCUGCAAAUGUCCUGCUGUAAAAUCAAAAGUUUAUGAAGAAGUCGAUCGGGUUUUGGGCAAUGAUAGAUCCAGUCCAAUGAAAUACGAAGAUUUAGAAAAGUUGACUUACAUCGAAGCUUGUAUCAGUGAAUCUAUGCGCAUGUUGCCAACGGUCCCGGUAAUCUUUAAACAAGCAAAUAAUGAUGACAAUCUCGGCGAUUUUAAAUUUAAAGGUGGUCAAGAAUUUUUUAUCAAUUACCAUUAUGUACAUCAUGAUGAAACUUAUUGGCCUGAUCCAGAGUCAUUUAAACCUGAACGUUUCCUUGAAAAUAAAAAUAUUGAUAAAAUUAGUUAUAUGCCAUUUGGUGGUGGAAUUAGGAUAUGUCCUGGACGUCAAAUGGGUCUAAAUUCCGCUAAAACUUUAAUCGCUUUAAUUUUUAAAAAUUAUACAGUUAAUUUAGUUGAACCAGAUGCUCCAUUAAAGAAAAGCUACAUUUGGGCAAAUGAAUGUGACGAAUUAAAAGUUUAUCUUAGACCAAGAAAUAAUUAA